GGCUGUUUACAAUGUUGCGUUCCCUGGUGCGGUCACAUUUUAAGCUCCUGACAGCGAUACUGUUGGCCGGUCUGGCCGUGAGUCUCGUGGAGGGCGAAAAAGAAAUACCACUUACCAAGUUCAGCCAGGAUGUUGGCGGGUACGGCGCAACGAUGACGUUCCUGUACUGCUAUUCUUGCGGGUAUCGUAAGGCCUUCGAUGACUACUACAACAUCAUCCGUGAGAAGUAUCCGGAAAUAACGAUCCGGGGCGGUAACUAUGAUCCGUCCGGGUUUAAUAUGCUGCUAUCGAAGGUGCUGCUAGUGACGAAGCUACUGCUGAUCGCGGCACUCAUGUCGAACUACGACAUCGGUCGCUACAUUGGCAAUCCGUUUGCCGGCUGGUGGCGAUGGUGCUUUAACAACAAACUGUAUGCAUCGAUGAUGAUUUUCUUCCUGGGUAAUACACUGGAAGCACAGCUCAUAUCAUCCGGCGCAUUCGAGAUAACACUGAACGAUGUGCCUGUGUGGUCGAAACUAGAAACGGGCCGGUUUCCUGCGCCACAGGAAAUGUUUCAAAUCAUCGAUAAUCACCUACAGUUUGCCAACAAGAUUGAGCCAAAUCCGGACUUUGUUAAAUAAGC